AUGGUUAAGAUAUUUACCAUUAUAGAACGGCUUACCUCGGGGACUGAUAGUCCAUCAGGACGGUCAACCUCGGGGGCUGAUAGACCAUCAGAAGGGUCAACCUCGGUGACUGAUAGAUCAUCAGAAAGGUCUAACUCUGGUAUUGAUAUUCCAUCGGAACGGUCAACCUCGGUGACUGAUAGACCAUCAGAACAGCCAACCUCGGGGACUGAUAGGCCAUCAGAACGGUCAACCACGGUGACUGAUAGACCAUCAGAACGGUCAACCUCGGGGACUGAAAGUCCAUCGAAACAGCCAACCUCGGGGACUGAAAGUCCAUCAGAACAGCCAACCUCGGGGACUGAAAGUCCAUCGAAACAGCCAACCGCGGGGACUGAAAGUCCAUCGAAACAGCCAACCUCGGGGACUGAAAUACCAUCAGAACGGUCAACCUCGGGGACGGAUAGACCAUCAGGACAGCCAACCUCGGGGACUGAAAGUCCAUCAGAACGGUGA